AAUACCAAUCCUCCAUUUUUAAUUUCCAGUUAUAUUAAAUGAUCUGUGUGUGCAAUAUAUAUCAGAGACUUUAACAAAUUCGACGAAAGCUUUGUGUUACGGGAUUUUUUAAUAUUAAUUCAACUUUGAAGAUAAACCGGCAUUGGGAGUAUAAACUUUAAACGACGGAAUGGGAGAGGUUUACGUCAUGAAAAGGCUGAUUUCAAGAUUGGUAGAACAAUUACGACAAGACGCUCAAGAUAUUGACGUUUCUGUUUAUCCUGCUGAAAGGUUGUGCUCGGGAUGUCAAGAGUUUCUCUAUCACCCUGUAACAUCACCAUGUGGCCAUAGCUUUUGCGAUGAAUGUUCUAAGGGUUCUGUAAUGUGUAUCCACUGCAAACAUCAGUUAACGCUGUCACAAUUGAGGGUGAACGUAACACUGAAUUAUGUGUUAGAGAUGUUAUUCCCGGACGACUAUUUAUAUUUUCAACUUAUAUCAGAAGGCGACAAAUUGCUUCAAAACUCUUUGCACGAUGAAGCUUUAUCCAAAUACAAUGAGGCUAUAUCACAUAUUCCUGGAAAAAAUCUUGCGGUAUUAAAAAGAGCCAUAGCAUAUAAUAAAGAGGGACAUUGGAAAAGGGCUCUCAGUGAUGUCGUUUCGGUAAUAUUGCGAGGCAAAUAUGCUUCAAAGAGUAAAGAAAUGCCCACGCAAGAACUACUAUUUCACGAGGAGGAAAUCAUUGAAAAAAUAGUUCAGGCAUUUACAGAGGAAAUUUCACAUAAGAAUUUUUCCCACCAAUGCAGUUCAUCAACAUCCCAGAAGUGGACGUAUCCCAUAGCAACGUAUUCGGAAAAUUCUUCGAGCAUCCAAUCACAUGACGAACUUUGCUCAACUGAAGACCAAAUUAGCGAAGAUCCUAUAUUAAUGGAUUUACAACGUUUUCUUGAAUUAGUGAUUGCGGCAAAUCUACCAUUACUAACACGGAGUCAUUCCGCAUCUUACUGUCACUUCAACGAUUCGACGCAAAAUGAAGUACUUGAAAUAGCGGAAUCAGAUACAUUCAACUGUAUUUUGUGUUCCAGAUUACUAUAUGAUCCCGUCUGCACCUCGUGUGGUCACUCAUUUUGCCGUGACUGUCUUGACAGGUGGUUUGAUCAUCGGCUAACUUGUCCAAUGUGCCAAAGUAAAGAAGUGCGUGCUAUUCAAAAAGACUCAAACAAAUGUUAUUCUCUAGCAACAGAUAUUACUAUGAAUAUUUUAAUGCAAAAAUGUAUUCCUAACCUGGUAAAAGAAAGAGAAUUAUAUCGCGAGGAAGAACGCAAGGUUAUAAGGGAGACAGUUCCUAUUUUUGUGUGUACCCUGGCUCUGCCGUAUGUUCGUUGUCUUCUUCAUGUACACGAGCCAAGAUACAGACUUAUGAUGAGGAGGGUUGAAGAAUUCCACAAUGGAAAUUUUGGAAUGGCCACAGCAUCAACUAUAGCACCUUUCAGCAAAUAUGGUACAAUUUUGAAUGUCGAAAAGAUGUCCAUUCUUCCCGACGGACGAUCAAACCUAGUGACAAUGGGUACAAGACGUUUUGAAGUCGUACAAUACGAUAAAUGCGACGGAUACCACACAGCUAAAUUAAAUUAUAUUGUAGACGUCGCAGACGCGGACGAAAAGAGCAAACAGACGACGACAAAUAUGGCUGAAGAGGUUUACCUUCGUGCUAAGGAGUGCUUCCAAAGAUGUUCAUUUCGCUUCAAGACAAUCACAGAAAUGCAAAUCGGAAAAUUUCCGGAACAAGAUAAAACAGAAGGUGACGACGGGCCUCUCUGGGCGUGGUGGGUAUUGGCAAUGAUUCCUUCAAACGACAAUUUGAAACUUCACGUAUUAAAGAAGACACGAUUUCGACAUAGACUGGCCCUGUUGAAUUCAAUGUUGAAAAAAUUCGAUAAAAUGUCGUCGGUCCGAGAUCUCAUGCUUGACGAGUAGUAAAAGUAAUGAAAUGUACUUCAGCCAGCGUCUGUACGAUACACGUCGAUUGACAUCAUCCAACAGAGUUCGAGUGAGAAUUUUGAACUUGAAACUGAAUUUUUGUGGUACAAAGGCCAAAUCAACACUCACCAACAUUCUGUAAAACCAAAUACAAAAAUCGAUGUAUGCUUGAAUCAGCAUAUUGUAUGGGUAUGGCUGAUUUGACUUGGUGGUUCAAUUCUCAGACAAAAUACGAAACAUUCGACUGUUCGAGGAAUGUCUUUAGAAUGUUUAGAUUCAUCGAAUGUCGUCGGUUCGCAGCAUUGAAAUACAAAUGUUACUACACUAAGACGAAAGUGGGAGCAAAUGUAUGAUGUAACCACUGUGUACGCAAAAACUACGUUUGUAAUCUUCACCCAUACUAAAUAUACAUUGAUUAUUUCAGUGAAGUGUAAAGCAGUGUGCUUGCCAGGCAUAUAAUAUUGGUAACGAGAAUAGAGCCAACGUUUAUAAUUGUUCUGAAUUGUAACUUUAUUCAUUGUUUGUUUGUAUUACACCUACCUACGUGCUCACUGUUUGCAAUAAUUUUAUUGACUGUCUUCUACAGAUAAUUUUUUAUCAUGCGCGCAAAAUGUUUGUUUGUAUAUAUGAUGAAUAUUGUUCAACUUGCUUUUUAUCGAGAAUAAAAUAGUUUGAAAACUUUGA